AUGAGUUCGACACAGAAGGACCAACAUGGACCGAGAAGUCAGCGCUCUCAGGACGCCGACAAACCUCACAGAAGAAAGAGAGAGAAAAAAUACACCUGUGACGAGUGUGGGAAGGAUUUUACGAGGAAGUCUGAACUAAAACAACAUCAGCUCAUCCACACUGGAGAGAGACUGUUCAGCUGUGACUUGUGUGGAAAGUUGUUUUCCUGGAAGAAUGUCCUAAAAAGACACCAAAUCGUCCACAGUGGAGUUAAAGCUUACAGCUGUGAUCAGUGUGGCAGAGCUUUUACUCACAGUAGCAACUUACAGAGACAUCUAGUUACCCACUCUGGAAUGAAGGCAUACAGCUGUGACAUCUGUGGAAAAACUUUCAGCCAGCUAUGGUACCGAAAUAUACACCUACGCAUUCACUCCGGAGAAGAUGUGUACUGGUGUGAUCAGUGUGGCAAAUACUUUACAACAGACGCACAUUUACAAAGCCACAUGUUUACCCACACUGAGGAGAGACCUUAUCAAUGCGACCUGUGUGAGAAGACUUUUAAACUCCGAGUCACCUGAGACGACACCAACAGAUCCACACCAGAAAGAGACUCUACAAGUGCAGUUACUGUGAGGUAUGUAUUUUUAUUUUUAUCUUGUAAGUUCAGUCUGACUGUUUGGAACAAGUCUGCUCAUUAAAUUGUGUUAGCAUGUUAGCACUUCUACUGCUCCGAAGAGUAGCUCUGAGCCAUUAUUCAGAGUU